GCCACCGCCACCAACCAACCACCUCCCCCUCCCCCCAUUCCCUCCCACCAACCACCAUGAUUGACGACGCCAUUCACCUCGCGCAGCACCUGUACAACGUCGCCAUCGAGUUUACUGUGUACAUGUACCAGAAUGACCCCUACCAUGUGGCUGUGGAAGCAGCACUGGCACUCUGGGUGGUGUACCUCAUGCUCGGAUCGUCGUUCCGGCCCAGUAGCAAGCCGACCAAGCUGAGCAGGACGGAAAUCGAUGAACUGGUGGAAGAGUGGACGCCUGAGCCGCUGGUGCCUGUGCUGGACGAUCGUCAGAAGGCUAUGGAGAUGGGUCCUGUCAUCGAUCGUGUUGAGCCUGGUGGUGUUCAUGUCACCAUCGAGGGCAAGGACGGUGUGCUCAACCUUGGCUCGGGGAACUAUCUCGGUCUCUCGGGCAACAGGGAUUGCAUCCAGGCUGCCCUCCUUACCCUCAAGGAGUAUGGCUGUGGCUCGUGUGGCCCGCGUGGCUUCUACGGCUCGGUCAACCCGCACGUUCACCUUGAGGAGGCCUUUGCGCGCUGGCUCGGCGUUGAGGAGUCGAUCCUCUACUCGUACGGUUUCUCCACCAUCGCCUCUGCCAUCCCGGCCUUUGCCAAGCGCGGCGACGUCAUUGUGGCCGACAAGGCCGUGUCGUUCCCGGUCCAGACCGGCCUCCGCCUCUCGCGAUCCAAGAUCCUGUGGUACGAGCACAAUGACAUGGACGAUCUCGAGCGAGUGCUCUCCGAGUACGUGGCCGCUGCUGACGAGCGUGGCGGCAAGCUCAACCGGCGGUUUGUGGUCACCGAGGGCGUGUUCGCCAACACCGGUACCAUCUGCGACCUGCCGCGCAUUGUCGAGCUCAAGAACAAGUUCCGUUUCCGCCUCGUUGUCGAGGAGUCGCACUCGCUCGGCGUUCUCGGCGCCUCGGGCAAGGGCGUGACCGAGCACUUUGGCGUGGACAUCGACGAGCUCCUCUUCCUCACCGCCUCGCUCUCCAACUCGUUUGCCGCCGUCGGUGGCAUCUGUGCCGGCUCGUCGGUCGUUGUCGACCACCAGCGCCUCUCCGGCUCGGGCUACUGCUUCUCGGCCUCGGCGCCGCCCAUGCUCUCGUCGGCCGCCAACACCGCCCUCGACCUCGUCGCCGACUCGCCGGCCCCGUUCCUCGACGCCCUCGCCGACCGUGUCUCGGUCCUUCACUCGUCGCGCCUCCGCUCGCUGCCGGGCACCGUCGCCCUCGGCUCGCACCGCGUCCCGUUCCUCCACCUCGUCCUUGACGUCCCUGACUCGGCCACGGCCUCGGAUGACGGCCGCAAUGCCCAGGAGGACGUCUGGUCUGCCGUCGCUGCCGCCGCCCUCGACGCCGGCAUCCUCAUCGCCGCCACCCGCUUCAACUACUCGGAGGAGUACUUUACCCCGCAGCCGGCACUCACCAUCUCGGUCUCCGCCGCCAUGGACGUCGACGACCUCGCCGCCGCCCUUGCCACCAUCGCCGACAUUGUUACCAACGCCCUCACCUCGCUCCCGCCGCUCCUUGCCCUCAACCAGCCCAUCCCGGCCAUCCCGGCCUCGCCCGAGCCGCCGGCCCGCGCCGCUCCUCCCGCCGCUCCAAGAGCCCGCGCCGUUCGUAAUGGAUCGCCGGCCGGAUGCUGCUGCCCAAUGAACUUGCCGCCUGUCCUUGCUCCCUCAAAACUCGUAUGCCGACAUCCCAACCUGCCGUGA